GACCUUGACAAGAGGCUGUGUCAUGCUCGCAAGACAUGGGUGGAGGCAAAGGAGAAGGACAUUGUCUUUGGCAAGGACCAGAAGUGGGCGGAUGUCGAGGCGGACGAGACGACCUUCGAUCGCAUGGACCUUGGUAACAAAGCCCCUGACCCCAAGAACCCGGUCGUUUGGGAGCAGUGGUGUGGCAUAGUCCAACGUGGCCACCCGGAGACACUUGUCUUGAGCAGGCUGUCCCCCAGGGAGUCGGCCAAGAGAGCUCCCGGGCCUGGCGCCAUCAGAAAGGUGGAAUGGACUCCUUUGGCAAAGAAGUGGUUGCAGGACAAGAAGGUGAUCCUGCACACUGACUCGGCCAAGAGCUACAAGACCAGGGUGCCUGGGGUGCUCCACGACAAGGUGGUCCACGGGAAGAAGCGGGUCAAAGUCAAGGGUCAGUGGAAGUGGAAGUCUGGGACACAGGUGGUUGAUCGGGCCUGGAAGUUUUUGAAGGACAGGUUGACCAUCAACCAGAAUGCGAAGGUAGGGUCUUCUUUGUUACGAGCAAAGCUUCGUUCUGCACAGUAUCAGUACUGGUAUAGGAACCAGGAUAUGUGGGUUGCAUCUGGGACACUGUGCGAAUGGUUGAUGACUAAGUUCAUCAAAAAGCCAUCCCAGUGA